GUGAUUUAACUUUGAUGAAAAGAGCCUCGUUAAAACACUCGAGAGUGCUUACACGUACUUUGAGUAUAGCUUUAACUAGAUAUAACUUUUCAUCGCGUUUUACUAUAAGAUAGAACGUUUUUUACAGAAGUUGUUUUCAGUAGAAGAAUCAUUCAAACAUGUCGGAAGCUCUUCGUGAAAGACGAGAGAGGCUGAAGAAAAAAUCAGCUCAAGCCGCCGUUAUGAACAUGUUUGGCGGAGACGGAGUCAAAAAAGAGGGUGAGUCAUCCGACGCCCCCGCCCCCCAAAUGCAACCAGAAGAAGAAAUGACAAUUCCUGUGGUAGAGGAGUCGGCAGUGCAAUCAGCGCCGGGUGGCUCCAACCUAUUCUCGGCAGCCAAUCAGAUUGAAGAUGAGGCCGACGAAUCAGAAGAUGAGGACAAGGUCAAGAUGUCAGCUGAAGCAGAUUCCUCCGAUAACAAGGUCUUCGUCGAAGUUGGACGAGUUGCUCUAAUUCAGCAGAAGAGAUACAAGAAUAAAUUAGCUGUGAUUGUGAAUGUCGUCGACCAGCGAAGAGCAAUUUGUGACAUCUUCCAUCCCCAUGGAAAGGAAGUGCGACUAAUUGCCAGGGCUUCGAUCGCCUUCAAGACUUUAAGGCUGACAAAGCUGAUUGUGGAAGGAUUCCAAUGGAGUGCGCACUCCAAAGUUGUUACUGACAAAUACAAGGAGUGCAAAAUUCAGGAGAAGUUCCAGGCCACCAAAUUUUACGAAGCUUGGCAGAAGAAAAUUAAGCGUGAAAACAUGACUGACUACGACAGGUUCAAGUGCGCCUACAUCAAAAAGAAGCGAACUGCGAUUAUCAGAAAGAAAUUGGCUGAGAUAAACAAAAGCGCCAAGAAAUGAAGCAGAAAAUUUGACAAAGGUCAUGAACUUCAAUUUGAUUCCAAUUGUUGAAAGCUCUUGUUGAAUUACUUGUCCAUGGCCUCUAAUUUAUUUUCAGCCCAAUAA